GGGAGGCGGAGGCGCCGCGGUCCAACUGCUGAAGAGACUCCAUGUGACAGGGAAGCGAGGCGCCCGCUCCGCCGCCGCCCGGUCCGCUCGCUGACUCUCCCAGGCACGAUCUGCCCCGCGGUCCAGGCCGGGCACGCUCGGCGCUCGAGCUCGGCUGCAGUGGGCAUCGGCGUCGCGCCGGGAAGGCUCCUGGAGCGAGAAACGGGGAGCGCGGGCGCCCCUAGCUCAGCGCCGGCAUGAACGGCUUCACGCCCGACGACCUGAGCCGCGGCGGGGACGCGGCCGCCGCCGUGGCCGCCGUGGUGGCCGCCGCCGCCGCUGCCGCCGCCGCCUCCUCGUCCUCCUCGUCGUCCGCCUCCGCGUCGGCCGGAAACGGGGCGGGCGCGGGCGGCGUCGGGGCCGAGGUGCCGGGCGCCGGGGCGGGGGCGGCGGCGGCGGCGGGGCCCCCGGGAGCGGCGGGGCCGGGCCCCGGGCAACUGUGCUGCCUGCGGGAGGACGGCGAGCGCUGCGGCCGGGCGGCGGGCAACGCCAGCUUCAGCAAGCGCAUCCAGAAGAGCAUCUCGCAGAAGAAGGUGAAGAUCGAGCUGGACAAGAGCGCAAGACAUCUUUACAUUUGUGAUUAUCAUAAGAACUUAAUUCAGAGUGUUCGAAACAGAAGAAAGAGAAAAGGCAGUGAUGAUGACGGAGGAGAUUCACCUGUUCAGGAGAUUGAUACCCCAGAGGUUGAUUUGUAUCAGUUACAAGUAAAUACACUAAGGAGAUAUAAAAGACACUUCAAACUACCAACCAGGCCUGGACUUAAUAAAGCACAACUUGUUGAGAUAGUUGGUUGUCACUUUAGGUCUAUUCCAGUGAAUGAAAAAGACACCUUAACAUAUUUCAUCUACUCAGUGAAGAAUGACAAGAACAAAUCAGAUCUCAAGGCUGAUAGCGGUGUUCACUAGGAAAGAUGGAAUUAAGACUGAAGACUUGGAUAUUCAGAUGUUUAAAACUGUUUAUUGUUUUUUCACAUGUAGAAAUGUUCCUUGUGUAUUUUUUCUACAGAGGAUUUUCUCUGCUUUUAUUUUCUUUGUUUCUGACUUAUUUUGUUGGAAACUCAUGUAAAACGAGCUUUCCUAAAUUAAAGGAUAUUUUAAAUAAAGGUUAUUACUAUUAUAGUUA